AGAUAGAUACCUGGGAUCCGGGGGGACGAGGACGGGGAACCUGUGAGGGAGUGAUAAAGUGCUGACGGAUGGGGUCGUACAGAGCUUUACCUUCAAUGACUCCGCCCACGGCGCGAGGCUGUUUGGCCUGAAGGAGUUUGGAAACAUUUACAGCCGUAUCGGUAACCCAACCGUCGACGUCUUCGAGAAGCGCAUCGCCGCCCUCGAAGGCGGCGUCGCAGCCGUCGCCUCCUCCUCCGGCGCCGCCGCGCAAUUCAUGGCCUUCGCCACCCUCGCCAAAGCCGGUGACAACAUCGUGUCCACCUCCGCCCUCUACGGCGGAACCUACAACCAGCUCAAGGUCCUCCUCCCCCGCCUCGGCAUAACCACUAAAUUCGUGACCGGCAACGACCCCGCCGACUUCGCCGCCGCCAUCGACGACAAGACGAAGGCUGUUUUCAUCGAGAGCAUUGGGAACCCGAAGUACAGUGUUCCUGAUUUCGAGGCCCUGGCUACGGUGGCGCAUGAUGCGGGGAUUCCGUUGGUGGUUGAUAACACCUUUGGUGCUGGGGGUUACUUCUGUCGCCCCAUCGACCACGGUGCCGACAUCGUCGUACACAGCGCCACGAAAUGGAUUGGUGGCCACGGAACCACCAUCGGUGGCGUGAUCGUCGAUUCCGGAAAAUUCGACUGGGGCAAGGCCGCAGCCAAGUUCCCCGACAUGGUGGAGCCGGCGCCAGGAUUCCACGGCCUCAAGUUCUGGGAGACGUUUGGACCGAUCACCUUCGCGAUUCGCGCGCGCGUCGAUGUCCUCCGUGAUGUUGGAGCUUGCCUCAACCCCUUCGCGGCCUUCCAGCUCAUUCAGGGCGUUGAGACGCUAUCUCUCCGCGCUGAGCGCCACGGACAGAACGCCCUCGCGCUCGCGAGAUGGCUGGAGAAGAACGCGCAUGUGUCCUGGGUCUCGUACCCCGGACUCGAGAGCCACCCCACCCACGAGAACGCGAAGAAGUACCUCACUCGCGGUUUCGGCGGCGUGCUAAGCUUCGGUGUUAAGGGCGGUGGUGCCGCGGGUAGCCAGGUGGUGGAUGGAUUCAAGUUGAUUUCCAACUUGGCGAAUGUGGGAGACUCGAAGACGCUGGCGAUUCAUCCGUGGUCGACUACGCAUGAGCAGCUGAGCGAUGAGGAGAAGGUCGCGUCGGGGGCGACGGAGGAUUUGAUCCGCAUCUCGGUCGGGACGGAGCAUAUUGAUGAUAUUAUUGGGGAUUUUGAACAGUCAUUUGCGGCUACUGCGGCGGCGAAGACGGAGGGGGGGAAGGAGGAGAAUAAGGAUGUUGCGGCGGAGGGGGCGGAGAAGGCGGAGGUUGUUGUUGCUGUUUGAGCCGUCUGAUGAAAUAGAUGCGCAUCAUGGCGUGUAGCGAAUGAAUGAUUUAUGGUCCAUGAUUGAGGUUUGAGUGCAUGUGUAUAAAUUGUCGCCUCAACUGUGUCCAACCAGGUAACUGGUAAUUUGAGAAAG